UAUAUUUUAUCAUUAGAUGAAGAAGAGAUGAAAACAAAAGACAAUGCUUCCACGGUGAUGCAGUUUGUGCUUCUGGGAUUUUCUGACCUUCCAGAUCUCCAGGGGUUACUGUUUGGGGUGUUGUUCAUCGUUUAUACGAUCAUCUUAAUUGGAAAUAGCCUCCUAAUCAUUCUAACCAGGAUAGACACUGCAUUGCAAACACCCAUGUAUUUUUUCCUGGCAAACUUUUCCUCAUUGGAAAUCUGUUUUGUUUCUGUCACGAUCCCUAGGAUUCUGAAGAAUCUUUGGACUCAGGAGAGAAGCAUCUCUAAGAUGCAAUGUGCCACCCAAAUGUGCUUCUUCCAUAUGCUGGGGGCCACCGAGUGUUUCUUCCUGGCUUCCAUGGCCUAUGACCGAUACGUAGCCAUUUGUAACCCUCUACAUUACCCCGUAGUCAUGAACCACAGGAAGUGCGUUCACAUGGCUGUUGCUGCCUGGAUCAGUGGAAUCCCAGUCCAGAUAGGACAAACCUGUCAGGUGUUCUUGCUCCCUUACUGUGGUUCUAAUCAAAUCAACCACUUCUUCUGUGAUAUCCCCCCAUUGAUCAAGCUGGCCUGUGGAGACACUUCCCUCAAUGAGAUGUGUGUCUAUUUAGUGGCUCUGUUUUUUGCUUUCAUCCCUUUUGGACUGAUACUUGGCUCCUAUGUCAAAAUCAUCUCCACCAUCUUGAAAUUGCCCUCAGCCACAGGUCGGUUCAAAGCCUUUUCUACGUGUUCUUCCCAUCUCCUAGUUGUGAUUCUGUUCUUUGGUUCUAUUACUAUCAACUACUUAAGACCCAAAUCCAGUCAUUCUGCUGGAACAGACAAAUUGUUCUCUCUUUUCUAUGCAAUAGUGACUCCCCUGUUUAACCCUUUGAUAUACAGCCUUAGGAACAAGGAUGUAAUUGCAGCCCUGAGAAAAUUACUGCUUAGAAAAUAA